AUGCAGAAGGUCUAUGCCGGGGAAGCGCGAGAAGAUGCUAUCAACUCUAUCAUCCAGCUGACCUGUAAGAGUCGUCUUCGUGGCACCGUCGCUCUGAGGAAGUUGGCGCAGGAUGGAAAUCCCUCCGUCAUAGAUCGCGUGCUGCAAGGUGUGAAGAAACGUUUGGCAGAGACCGAUGUCAUCCUGCAGAGUGUCUUGAUCGUGGCUUGUGCAGAGAGGGGUGACUGGCAGCUCGCGAUCAGCUCAUUGCGGACCAUGCGACUGGAUGGUCUGGAGCCAGACGAUGUGAGCCACAACUGCGUUGUGCAGGUAGCUGGCAGAGCUGGUUUAUGGGAAGUCGCAGAGACGGUGCUGGAAGGAAGCACCAAGAGGACUUCCCGCAGCUUGCAAGCUGCUGUCGGUUUGUACGACGGUGAGCGAUGGGCCGUGGCCUUGACUUGCCUGAAUGCAGCGCGUCUUGAGGGUGUCCGGCCAGGUCUGGGCUGCCACAAUGCAGCUAUCGCUUCCUCCCGGUCCUGUUGGACUCUGCCGCUGCAUUUGUUGGCAAGAUUGCCUCAAGCAGAGGUGAAGCCCGAUCUGGUCAGUUGCAACUCUGCUAUAACCGAUGCAACCUCUGCAAGGCAGGCGGCAUCUGCAUGGCGAGCUGCUCUCCGCUUGCUGCUACACGCGAUCGACUUGGGCCUCCAAUUGCGGCAGCUUUCUUUCUGCGCAAGCAUCAGUGUAUGUGGGAAAGCAGGCUUCUGGAAGCAAGCGGUAGGGCUCCUCGGGCGCGCACUGCGCUCGCAGCUCUCGGCCGACAAGAAAAUGAUAACUUCAGCCGUCUUGGCUGUAGAAACACAAUGGAAGCUGGCAUUGCGUCUUUGGGCAAUGACCAUCCGGAACCGCUUCUUUCGGCCUGAUGCCCUCUGUCUGAAUUGCGUGCUUGCGGCUUGUGCCAAAGGCAAGUCUUGGCACGUGGCGGCAUAUUGCUUGCAUGAAGCAUUGAGUAUGUGUCUGAGAGUCGAUGAGAUGUCCUUCAACAUCGCUGCCGGUGCCUGCAACGACGGGGGUGAGUGGGAGCUUGGGCUGGCCAUUCUGAGUAGCAUGGCCAGCUAUGGGGUCAACCUGAGCCUGGUGAGCUGGAACACAGCCAUUGCAUCUUGCCAGCUUUGUGGCCAAUGGCAAUUGUCGCUGUCCAUGCUGCAAACUAUGCAAGACCAUUCUGUCCGACCUGAUGCGGUGAGCUUUGCUUCGGCGAUAUGUUCUUGUGCAGGGAAACAGUGGCGCCGGGCACUGCGUCUCUGGAACCUUCUGGAUGGACAGACCUCGCCGAAUCUGGUUUGCAUCAACAGUUUGAUCAGUGCCUGUGAGAAAGGGUCGAGCUGGAAGCAUGCCGUUGAAACCCUGUGGACUAUGCCGUCUGCGCAAACUCCAGAUGAUGCGAGCUACAAUGCCGCAAUUACGGCGUGCCAGCAGCGACUGGCAUGGCAGCAUGUGCUCUGGACAUUCAACCACAUGGACAAGAGUUUGCGUGACGAGGUCACGUACAACGCGGUGAUUUUUGCUGCGAAGGCGAAAGUUGAUUGGGAGCAGGUGCUCGAACUUCUGCGGCAGAUGAGUAUAUCGCGCAUCCAGCCCUUCGCUAUGACCCACGAAGCUGCAGUUUCCAUCUGCCUGGAUUGCUCGCAGGGCGUUGCGGCAAGAACGCUCUUGGAGGACGUGGGCCUUCGUGGUUUGAUUUGUGCAGUGUACGACUGUACGAUGCAGAUGCAGAAUGGCACGCCGAAGGCAGCUCUCUACAUCAUAGCCGGAUCAUAUGCCAGAGCCGCCACACAGUGGCCGCGACGGAAGGGUGUCGGUUACAAGAUGCACGGUGGAAUGCUCGUCGGCGUUGCUGAGGGAGAGAACUAUCCGAGCGGACUUGACAAAGGCAUGCGCGACGCGGAAAUUUGGGUUCAGAAAGAUGGCAAAGUCGUGGCAUACAAGACCGCGUAUUUCGGUCAAGUACAUGUUGGCGGACCGGAACCGCAGAGCUUCACGGUGGUCUUUGACACCGGGUCAGGACACUUAAUCCUGCCGUCAAGCAGUUGUUUCAGCACAGCCUGUGCAAAGCACAGAAGAUACAACAGGACGGCUUCUCAAACAGCCGUCGACAUCGAGUAUGAUGGAACGAAGCUUAGUGCCGAUGCCACAGAGCGCGAUCAGGUUGCGAUCGCGUUCGGAACGGGCGAAGUCCAGGGUGAGUUUGUCAGCGAGGACGUUUGCCUCAACUUCAAUGCAGCAAUGGCCGGAGGUGCGGCUAACACGGAUGGAUGCGUGAAUCUGCGAGUAGUCGUGGCAUCGAAAAUGACGGAGGAUCCUUUCAGUCACUUCGACUUCGAUGGGGUUCUCGGACUUGGACUUGAGUCCCUUGCUCUCAGUCCGGAGUUUAGCUUCUUUGGGCAGAUGCUGGCGCAGAAUCCGGGCAUGCAGCCGCGGUUUUCAGUCUUCCUCGCCCAGAAUGAGGGUGUCGACAGCAUGAUCUCCUUUGGUGGGCACGAGGAGAAGUUUGCCAGCAGCGACAUCCAAUGGGCACCUGUGGCCAUGACGGAACUGGGCUACUGGCAGGUGGAGCUGAAGUCUGUGAAAGUCGGCAACCAGGUCCUUGAGGAGUGCGCGGAUGGGUCGUGCCGGGCCAUCUUGGACACUGGAACCUCCUUGUUGGGCGUCCCACGGCAGGCCGUACGUGCCAUGCACCGCAUGCUGGCGAGGCCAGUGGCGGAGGAUAUCUCAAACCAAGGAGGCAUCGAUUGCCGAAGGCUGCCGGGAUCAAAGCUCGAGUUUCAGCUUUCCGAUGCAGUUGUGAGCCUCCAGCCGGAGGAUUACUCCAGGCCGUCCCCGUUCAACAUGACCAUCCCCAAUCAAGACAAAUGGAGGUUGUUCUGCCGAUCGCUGCUCUUGCCCGUGGACAUGGCGGCACCUUUGGGCCCGAAGGUCUUCAUCUGGGGCGAGCCCAUGUUGCGAAGAUACUACACGAUCUACGACCUGGCCAACAAGCGCAUUGGCUUCUCUUUGGCCAGACAACCGAGUGGCAAGGCAUCUUCGCCUCCCAUCGGUGCACCUCCGGCAGGGACGCUGGUCUCAGGAGAGGGCAGCCAUUUUGUGCAGAAGCGCCGCUCAGCAGCUAAGCGGUGCUAA